UUGUCUCACGCUCUUAAUUCUCUCUCUUCCGUUCUGUUCUUAUUCUCUUUGUCUUCCUUGUCAUUUCUCCUCCUCUGCUGCUGUAAACAGCUGCUCACAAAUCUACACGAACCUACUUUACUGAACAGAGCAGUCAGCACACACCGGCUUCUCAUAUAUGAGCAGAAAUGUUUAGAUCAAAAUGCAUCGUUUGGAUCACCUUUGCUUUUUUUGUUACCAUCGGAAGCUGUGAAGUCAUUUAUAAAAAAACUGGAGAUGAAGUAAAAAUGGAUUGCAAAGAUGCAAACAUGAACCAAGAAAUUGAGUGGAAACUGAACAACCAGCUACUGCUCUCCAAAGCUAAAACAGGAUUAUUGCGCAGAGGUAGUUUUCAAACUGUUUCGAGGGCCCGGAUUGACAGGACCACGUUGCAGAUCGCCUCGUUGGUGAGCGAAGACUUUGGAGUCUACAAGUGCAAAACAACUGAGUACAAACUCUUUUUGGCAUCAGCACAAGCAAACCCAUCUACAGUGCUGUAUAACAGUGGAACAAAACUGAGCUGUGAUGUUGCUACUGGCUCUACUCCAAAUAAACACACAUUCCAGUGGUUCAACCCAAAUUCCACAUCAUAUAGCAACGAUAAGGAGGUGAAUGUAAAAUCCGUGACCACAGAUAAUGCUGGAACCUGGACCUGCAUGGUCAGAGAUGAGAAAGGGUUAUUUCGGAUAAAUGUAACCGUGGAGGUCAAAGUUAUUGGUCCUCUAAUAACCUCAGGGGAAGUGAUGGUUUCUGAAUGGGACACUGUAGAGCUUGCAUGUUUACUAUCUGGCAAAAACAGGCUGCCUAUCAAGGGGGGCCUUUGGAAGCGUGAGCCCCCAUCUGAGGUUUACUUCCCUGUGUUAAUAAGUACAGCAAACACUGUCAAGUGGAAUCGCACUGGUGUCAGUGAUAGAGUCACCUUCAGUGACCAGGAGCUGAAUGCAAACUUUAGUGUGAAACUGAACAAGGUGACGCGAGCCGAUACUGGUGUGUACGUGUUCACUCUGGAGUUUGAAGGUGGAAAUUCGCUGAGUGAAAAGUUGCACCUGACAGUUUUAAAAAGAGAAGGUUUUGAUUCAGAAAAUGAUUUGAAGAUGAACAAAAACAACAUAUGGCACAAGAGUUUUUGGGGUAUGCAGAUGUGGAUCUGGGUUGCUAUUGUGCUGUCGAUUGUAGUCCUGAUCAGCCUUGUCAUCAUUAUUGUAGUGAUUUACAGAAGGAACAAACGGAUGAAGAGAAGGAUGAAUAAACUGAAUUCUAUGCGGCAACCAAGGGAUUACUGCAAGUGUACCAGGGGUGUAGGAAAGCCCAGGGCAGGUAAAAAAGCACGGCCUCCUCCUCUUUCCAGGCACGAUUACAGCUCUUUACACGACUUAUGAGUCAAAGUGUCAAAUUGUGGCGAUCAAUAAAGCAGGAUAUUGUAAAGUUUAAUAGCUGCAGAUCAUGGCUUGUUCAUUUUCUUUCUCAAAUCAUUUUAGAAUUUUUUCUAUUUUUGUUUAAUUUAUAUAAUAAGGUUUUGAUUAAGCAUGUUUCUUUUUUCCCCUCAUAUUUUGUCAUUUGUAAAUAAGAUCAAUAUCCUUGACACGUUUUUUUUUUUUUUUUUUUGCAUAAAUAUUUUGCAUAAUUAAAGGAAUUUAACAUUGGCUGUAUAUAUGUUCAAGAUUACACAUUAAAAUAAAACUUGUGUG